UACAUUUCUGCGCCUGCGUAGGAGACAGUCUGUUGGCUGCUGCGCUCAGUUCUUCGUUGGUGGAGGGUUUAGGCCGCCGAGGUGCGCGAUGCAGAGACUGCAGGUGGUGCUGGGUCACCUGAGGGGCCGGCCCUCUUCGGGCUCGGGGCCGGCGCCGCUGGCCGCGCCGUGUUGGAGUGGCGCUCCGCGGGAGUCGCCCGAGGAUGUGGUGGUGGUGCACGGGCGGCGCACGGCCAUUGGCCGAUCGGGCCGCGGAGGCUUCAAGGACACCACCCCCGACGAGCUCCUCUCGGCUGUCAUGACCGCGGUUCUCCAGGACGUCAAGCUGAGCCCGACCCAGCUGGGAGACAUCUGCGUGGGAAAUGUGCUUCAGCCUGGGGCCGGAGCAGUCAUGGCCCGAAUUGCCCAGUUUCUGAGUGACAUCCCGGAGACCGUUCCUCUGUUGACUGUGAAUAGACAGUGCUCGUCGGGGCUGCAGGCGGUGGCCAGCAUAGCUGGUGGCAUCAGAAAUGGGUCUUAUGACAUUGGCAUGGCUUGUGGGGUGGAGUCCAUGUCCCUGGCUGACAGAGGGAACCCUGGGAAUAUUAGUUCACGCUUAGUGGAGAAGGAGAAAGCCAGAGAUUGCCUGAUUCCUAUGGGAAUAACCUCAGAGAACGUAGCAGAGCGGUUUGGCAUUUCGCGGGAGAAGCAGGAUGCCUUUGCACUGGCUUCCCAGCAAAAGGCAGCCAGAGCCCAGAGCAAGGGCUGUUUCCAAGCCGAGAUUGUGCCUGUGACCACCACGGUCCGUGAUGACAAGGGCACUGAGAGAAGCGUCACUGUGGCCCACGAUGAGGGCAUCCGUCCCGACACCACCAUGGAAGGCCUGGCCAAACUGAAGCCCAGCUUCAAGCAGGGGGGUUCUACCACGGCUGGAAACUCUAGCCAGGUGAGUGACGGGGCAGCUGCCAUCCUGAUGGCCAGAAGGUCCAAGGCAGAAGAGUUGGGCCUUCCCAUCCUUGGGGUCCUGAGGUCCUAUGCAGUGGUUGGGGUCCCGCCGGACAUCAUGGGUAUUGGACCUGCCUAUGCCAUCCCUGUAGCUUUGCAAAAAGCAGGGCUGACGGUGGAGGACGUGGACAUCUUUGAGAUCAACGAGGCCUUCGCAAGUCAGGCCGUCUACUGUGCGGAGAAACUGAAGCUGCCCCCGGAGAAGGUGAACCCUCUGGGCGGUGCAGUGGCCUUGGGCCACCCUCUGGGCUGCACUGGGGCUCGACAGGUCAUCACGCUGCUCAACGAGCUGAAGCGCCGCGGGGGAAGGGCAUAUGGGGUGGUGUCCAUGUGCAUCGGGACCGGCAUGGGAGCUGCCGCUGUCUUCGAAUACCCUGGAAACUGAAGGAGGCCCAGACCAGAGGCGCUACCCAGUGCUCGGGCAGCAACACUAUAGAAGUGACACCUGGGGGUUCCCGCGGCUGGUGGUGGCGGCAAAUGAAGGCACUUCAGCUAAUUCCACAAAUGUGAACACUGACAGCCCAGUGCAGGAGGGGGUGAGGUACCGGACCGCCCUCUGCGGGCCCCUCUGAGACAACGGUGGCCUGGGUCCGCCAGCCCGCAAGGCCACUGUGUGAUUCCUGGGGGCAGGGGGCUGUGGAUGAGACGUGCAGUAGACGCAGUAAAUGCUUUCCCUGA